ACACCACCUGUGUAAGAGGUAGAACGUCCUGCUCAGCUUAAAUCAGGCAGUGAUGGCAGAAAUUCUUAGUGGAAAGGUUGUAUCCGAAGAGAUAAGAAAUGAACUCAAGAAAGAGAUUGAGGAGCUACAACAGAAAUAUUCUGGAUUCCAUCCUGGUCUAGCCAUAGUUCAGGUUGGAGGAAGAGAAGACUCUACAGUGUACAUUAAUCAGAAAGUGAAGAAUGCUGCAAGUGUAGGUGUCAAGGCCACACAUGUCCAGCUACCAAGGACUUCUACCCAGGAACAGGUGUUACAGGCAGUGGAAAAACUCAACAAUGAUCCAGCAAUCCAUGGCAUCAUCGUUCAGUUGCCACUUGACACAGAGAAUGCCGUCGAUUCUCAUUUGGUGACCAACUCUAUACUGGAGAGCAAGGAUGUCGAUGGGUUGCACCAGUCAAAUGCCGGGAAACUGGCCCGCGGUAACCUCGAUGCUUGUGUGCUACCAUGUACACCGCGAGGAUGCCUGGAAUUGAUCAAACGUUCAGGGCAAAGUAUCGAGGGUAAAACGGCUGUAGUCGUCGGCCGGAGUAUGAUUGUUGGGUCGCCCAUGUCGGACCUCCUCACCUGGAAUCAUGCCACUGUGACAGUGUGCCACACAAGGACAAAGAACCUCGAAAGUAUUGUCAAGUCUGCAGAUAUUUUGGUGGUUGCUGUUGGAAAGACCGAGUUUGUGAAAGGUGACUGGAUAAAACCUGGAGCUAUAGUCAUAGAUUGUGGUAUAAACUCCAUUCCUGAUGAAACCAAGAAGUCAGGGAAACGGCUCGUCGGUGAUGUUGACUUCGCUGCAGCCAAGGAGGUGGCAGGAUGGAUAACACCUGUCCCUGGAGGAGUGGGACCCAUGACUGUCGCAAUGUUACUUAAGAAUACAGUAGACCAGGCCAGGAGGGCAUGGGAAAAAGCUGGGAACUACAGUAAAUGGUCCCUGACACUAAAUCCACUUACUCUGAAGAGACCAGUCCCCAGUGACAUUGAAGUAGCUCAAUCACAAACACCAAAGAACAUUGAAACAAUUGCAAAGGAGAUAAAUCUACUGUCGGAUGAAGUGGACCUGUACGGAAAGAAGAAAGCCAAAGUGUCAUUACAAGUCCUCAAUCGCCUCAAAGAUAAGAAAGAUGGCAGAUAUGUUGUAGUUACUGGUAUCACACCAACACCACUAGGAGAGGGUAAGAGCACCACCACUAUUGGUCUGGCACAAGCCAUCGGCUCACAGCUGAAGAAAAACGUGUUCGCAUGUGUCAGGCAACCAUCACAGGGACCAACUUUUGGAAUCAAAGGUGGAGCUGCUGGAGGGGGGUAUUCCCAGGUGAUUCCCAUGGAGGAGUUUAACCUCCAUUUGACUGGUGACAUCCAUGCCAUCACUGCUGCAAACAAUCUGCUGGCUGCUCAGAUUGAGGCCAGGAUGUUUCACGAGAGCACACAAAAGGAUGACGCCCUUUACAAGCGCCUUGUUCCGGAUAACAAGGGUAAACGUGCCUUCUCCAAAAUCCAGAUUGGCAGACUCAAGAGGCUGGGAAUAGAGAAGACUGACCCUGAUAGCUUGACUCCAGAGGAAAUUACCAUGUUUUCCCGCCUCAACAUCGACCCCUCAACCAUCACCUGGCAGCGAGUACUGGAUACCAAUGACCGUUUCUUAAGGAAGAUCACUGUAGGUCAAGGUCCGAACGAGAAGGGCCACACUCGAGAAUGUCAGUUUGAUAUUGCGGUGGCGAGUGAAAUCAUGGCAAUUCUAGCUCUGACUACAAGUCUACUUGACAUGAGAGAAAGACUUGGUCACAUGGUCGUGGCCAGUGACCUGGAUGGUAACCCUGUCACAGCUGAUGAUCUGGGUGUUAGUGGCGCCCUGGCUGUACUGAUGAAGGAUGCUGUACGACCAAACCUGAUGCAGACACUAGAGGGUACACCUGUUUUCGUGCAUGCUGGACCCUUCGCUAAUAUUGCCCAUGGCAAUUCCUCCAUUCUGGCUGAUAAGAUUGGUCUGAAACUUGUUGGAGAGGAUGGCAUUGUGGUCACUGAGGCAGGUUUUGGAGCAGACAUUGGCAUGGAGAAAUUCUUCAAUAUUAAGUGUCGGUACUCUGGUCUGGUUCCUAAUGCUGUUGUACUUGUGGCUACUGUUCGAGCCCUAAAGAUGCAUGGAGGAGGUCCCACUGUUACUGCAGGGGUUCCCCUCCCAAAGGCCUACAUAGAGGAGAAUUUGGAACUUUUGCAACAAGGUUGUCUUAAUCUUGGGAAACAGAUAGAAAAUGCCAACAAGUUUGGAAUCCCUGUUGUUGUAGCUAUCAACUCCUUUGUGACAGACACACCGGCAGAGGUAGCUCUGGUUCAGAAGUUUGCGCGUGAGAAUGGUGCAUUUGACGCGGUCAUCUGUAGUCACUGGGCUGACGGUGGAGCUGGUGCUGCAGACCUGGCUGUGGCUGUCGACAAGGCAACCAGUGAACCAAGCAACUUUAAAUUCCUCUAUGAUGUCAAGUUGUCUAUUGAAGAAAAGAUUGAAAUAAUUACAAAGGAGAUAUAUGGUGCAGAUGGUAUAGAAAUCCUACCUGCUGCUCAGGAGCAGAUUGACCGUUAUAAAAGACAGGGAUUCAACGACCUCCCAAUUUGUAUGGCAAAGACCCAUUUGUCUCUGUCACAUGAUCCGAGUAAGAAGGGAGCCCCUAAAGGGUUCACUGUACCCAUCAGAGAAGUCCGAGCUAGCAUUGGAGCAGGUUUCAUCUUCCCUCUACUUGGAGCUAUGAGCACCAUGCCAGGAUUACCUACACGACCCUGUUUCUAUGACAUCGACAUUGACCCUGACACAGAGGAAAUCCUCGGACUUUCCUAAUUCGUCUUACACUAAAAUAGUCACUAGCCUUAAAAAAAACUACAUGGAUUCAUGUCACCUGCUGUAUCUAGUGAAGGAACAUUCAUGUGUAUAUAGAUAUACAUAGAAUAUUUUGAUGUCAAAUGCUGACUGAUUUUCCGUUGGUUUGAAAAACACGUUUUUGAGGUUAAUUUCUGUGUACUGGUUAUUGAAAGUGACACGUCUUUCUAAUUAAUUCAAUUUCAUUUGAUCCGAGUCUUAACACAAAUCAGGGAUGUGUAAUUGUGAUAAAAGUUAGUCCCUCCUCUGUAAGGGAAAUAGUUUGUGUAAGGUAUGGAUGGGUCUCUGUUAUGUAAUAGUUGAUUAUUGAUAUGUUUGUUAUUACCAUGCUACAUUAGGUUGUAAAUUAUGUUGCCAUGUUUAAACAUGUUUAAGCAGAUUUAAAGUUAAUUAUCGUUAGCUCCCAUUUAUUAAAGGAUUCCUGCCAUGAUUUGAUUUUUAUUGUCUUCCUGUCUAUUUCGGUUCAAGUAUUUGUACAUAAUCACGCAAUGAUGUAAUCUUUAUAUUAAAAUUAAUUAAUUUUGUGAAA